AUGGAUAAAUCAGACACGUCAAGACAAGUUACAAAAUGGGAAUCUCUGGACAGAGACAUACUUGGCCUUAUCUUCAGUAAGCUAAGCCUAGAGGACUUUACCAUGCAUGCAUCACGCGUCUGCAUCUCUUGGUUCAUUGCCUCUCACAACAGAACUCUAUGGAUCACUGUGGACCUCGCCAAAGCCAAGUUACAGGAAGGCCUAAGCCUUAAGAAUGUCUUUACGAGAAUGUUCAAAUUUUUUGACAUUAGGGAAACACGCAGAAGUCUCAUGACUGUCACCAAGUUCAGCAGCAGUGUUCCGAAGAAUUUGUUCUUUGACUUUUCUUCAUAUAUAGAAGAGGAGGAUCUCAUGUUCGCUGCUGCGAGGAUGCCAAACAUAGAGAGACUUGCUUUACCACGCUGGUGCUUUCAGUCCAAGAAUUCAUUUCAGAUUGCGUUUAGUCAAUGGAAGAAUCUUAAAACACUGAUCAUCCCUGAUGACUAUCUCACCGGAAGAUUUGAGUUUCAAGCUGUAGGAGAGAACUGUAGUAACCUAACAAACUUGAAAUAUUUGGGUUAUUUGGAAAACAAAAUUGCUAAGCUAAUCGUGGGUUACCUCAAGAACAUCAAGAAGUUGAGUUUGCGAUGCUCUUUUUUCAGCAGACCAGGACUUUUAUUGCUAAUCACAGGCCUCCAAAAACUUGAAAUUCUUAAUAUUUCACAUUCUAAAGAGUUGGAUAUGAUUCCUGAUCAUCGUGAGGUAGUAACAAUGGAAAAUAUUAUCCAAGCCGUCAAUGAGAAGCGUCUCAAAUUUAUAUGUUGUUGGCUAGACAAUUGCACGGUUUGCAAAAGUCGAUCUAGGUUUGAUACGUUCUGGUCGUAUGGCUCUAAGCAUUGGCGAAAUGAUGAGAUAAAUGAAUUUCAGUUCUGA